AUGGUUUCUAAGGAGCAAAAGAGAACAGCACUGCAUGAGAAGCUGCAACAUCUUCGUUCUAUUACUAACUCUCACGCUCUGAACAGAACCUCGAUCAUAAUUGAUGCAUCGAAGUAUAUCGAAAAGUUAAAGCAAAAAGUAGAAAGACUGAAUCAAGAGAUAGCCUCUGGAGAAACUUCAAAUGCCCACAAUCCCUUGCCUAUGGUUACAGUGGAAACCCUAGAAAAGGGAUUUCUCAUAAAUGUUUUCUCAGCAAAAGGGUGCUCAGGUCUGCUAGUUUCCAUAUUGGAGGCCUUUGAAGAGAUGAGACUCACAGUGCUGGAAGCUAGGGUUUCUUGUACAGACACUUUUCGAUUUCAAGCAGUUGGAGAAAAUGAAGAACAUGGCGAGACUAUUGAUGCACAAGCUGUGAAACAAGCAGUGGGACAAGCGAUAAAGAAUUGGAGCGAAACUACCGAUCAAGACUAA